CUGCCCCCCUUCCCUUCUUAGAGGCAAGGAAAGUGGCUUCACGAAGAGGGCGUUCAGAGUCGAGACAGGUGCAAGGUAACGAGCCCCGAAACGAGCUUCCGCCAAUGUUUUUGCCAUGGUUUAAAGAGCCACAGAGUCCCGAUUCCUAGAGUGAGAGGGAAGGAGGAUGGCAAACAGGCUGCCCUUUUCUGCGCCCCCCCGCGUGGAAACAAAGUGGCAAACUUGGUAGAUAAAGGGAAUGCUGUGGACGUAGCAUACCUUGAUUUUAGUAAAUCCUUUGACAAGGUGCUUCAUGAUAUUCUUGCAAAUAAGCUGGAAAGAUGUGGACUAAACAAUGCAACUGUCAAAUGGAUUUGUAAUUGGUUGACUGGCUGAAUACAAAGAGUGUUCAUCAAUGGCUCGUUUUCAUCCUGGAGAGAAGCAGAAGAAUAUCAACAGGGUUUUUUUCUGGACUGUCUCCUUCUUGCACAGGAAUGGAGCUGAGAACCUUGCAACUGGUUCAGGAACUGGUGACUUUUGAGGAGGUGGCUGUGCACUUCACCCGCACAGAAUGGGCCUUGCUGGAUCCAGGCCAGAGAGCACUGUACAGGGAGGUCAUGCUGGAGAAUUAUGAGAUGGUGGUCUCUGUGGGAACCAUUUUAGCUGCUGAUCUCUGCAGUGCUUUUGUGGUGGAGCGGGAGGAUUUUGGUGUGUUGAUCUCCCUGCAGCUCCUCCUAAUUUUGAAUGAGAACCUUCAGAUGUUUCUGAGGUUCUACCGCAGGAUGCAGAUCCGGCGAGCAGAACUGCUGUAUCGAGCGAUCCGCUCAAGGAGGCCAGGUACCAGGACAGCCAUCAGGGCAAGGAGGGCUCUUCUUGCUGGGAACAUCCGUCGUUUCUCUCAGGAGGCGAGGCUCAGUUGGUUUGCCCUGGCAUGCACUCCCAUCCCUCAUCGUUACUGGGUAUACCCCAGAAGUCAUGAUUGGUGGGAGACUGUCGCUCUGGCCGUUUGGGGUGAUGAACAGUGGCUGUAUAACUUCAGAAUGUCCCGGCAGACCUUUAUGGACCUUGUGGAAGACUUGCGAGGACAUCUUCAACGCCAGACUACCACGAUGCGGCAGCCGCUAUCUGUGGAGAAGCGUGUAGCCAUCGCACUGUGGUACUUGGCCAGUCCAAACACCUAUCGUAAAGUUCGCGAACAGUUCGGGGUUGGAGCGUCCACUGUUGCUGAAAUCGUGGUAGAGGUUUGCCUGGCAAUAGAGGCUCAGCUGUACAGGAAGACCGUCUGUCUUGGUCCUGAUGUGGAAAAGGUGAUGGCUGGUUUCAGCCAACUAGGAUUCCCUCACUGUGUGGGAGCUCUGGAUGGCUCUCACCUUCCAAUCAGGCAUCCAGGAGGGUUGCCUGGGGAAUAUACCAACCACAAAAAAUUCUCCUCCAUCCUCCUGAUGGCCACUGUGGACCACAGCGGCCGCUUCAUUGAUGCAGAGAUCAGGCACUCUGGAAGGAAUGAUGACGCUUUUGUUUUCAUGAACUCCAACAUCUGCAAAGCAAUGGACAAUGGGGUAUAUGUUCCAGGGAACCCGACUGUAACUCUACAAGGGGUCACUGUUCCCCCUGUUAUUCUGGGUGAUGGUGCCUUUCCAAUGCGUAAGUGGCUCAUGAAGCCAUACGCACCACCACAUAAUGCACUGGAGAGACAAUUCAACUACCACCUGAGUCAGGCCAGAAAUGUGGUGGAGUGUGCGUUCGGGAGACUGAAGGCAAGGUGGAGGUGCCUCACCGCGAAGCUGAAAGUCUUCCCUCAAAAUGUAACUUCACUAGUGGCUGCCUGUGUGGUGCUGCAUAACAUCUGCGAAGAAAAGGGCCAUGAGGUACCACAGGCGGUUGCAGAGUGUAGACCAACACUGGCACAACUCUGUGAGCCAGAACCCACAGUUGUGCAAACUACCACUCCUGCAAGGUACAACCCUUGUAACGACAGGCAUCUCGAAGAGGGGAAGACUGUGCGAGAUGCUCUUGCCAGAUUUAUUGAAAGCAGGAAGACCCGAUGACAAUGGGGGGUUCGGCUUGUGAUGUUCACUGUUUGUGAUUACGAGGUUUCACACUUUGAAUGUUUUAAUGUUGCUUAUUUCCUAAGAGUUGCAGUAUGCUGCUGCUGUUGAGAGCUGUGCUGAUAGGUUUCACUGUUUACAUGUUUGCAGUUGUGGUUAACUUAUAUUUAUUGAAUCAGAAAUUUGAAAUACAGUUAUUUGUUAGAGAAA